GAAGUUUAAUUUUCUAAAAAAAAUUCCUAAAAAAGCAUUAUUAGACACUAGCUUAUCAGCUACAAAAAAAAUCAAAAAACAUUAACCUCUUAAACCAAACUAGUUAACGACAUUACUAAAAAGCGUUCAACAAUAAAAAAUAAAUUUAGAAAUAGUUAAAAUAUACCCUUCACACUUAAGAAAGACAUUAUUAAUUAGCCAAUUAAAAAAUAUUAUUAUUAGUUUAAGAUGAGCAAUUUUUAAAAGAAUAGUGGUAACAACAAUUAUAUGAAUGGAUAUGCAAACGGUAACGGCAACUGGAAUAACUAGAGAAAUAACUAAAACAACAAGAUGGCCUCAAACUAACCAAAUUACAAUAAAAACAUUAACAUGAAUAACAUGGAGAACAAACCAGUGAAGAGCAACAAUAUAAGCUAUAAUCAAAACGGCAAUACAAAUUCUUAUAACUAAAAAAAUUAAGGGUAUUAAAAUUAAGGUAGAUAUAAUGGCAAUAACAACUCAAAUGGUGGAUCUUACUAUUAAAAUAGUAACUACAACAACAAUAGAAACAACUACAGCUAGCAGCAAUAUUAUAAUAAUUAUAAUAAUAUGUCAUAUUAAAUGUGGUAACAACCUAAUUAAUUGGGUAAUAUGGGAUACAAUAAUAUGAUGGGAUACCCUAAUUUAGGAACAGACGUCAAUAUGUAAAUGUGGGACAUCAAUUAAAUCUAGUAAGCUAACAUUUUAGAUUUGAAUUAGCAAAACUUCCCUUCUCUCACAAACCAAUUUCCUCCACCUGUUUAUAUCUCUGAAAAUGGUGUUUAAACUUAAAGCGAUGCUAUCGAUUCAAUUCCUGAUAGCUCAGAGUUAGAGAGGUAGUUAAUUGAGGAAUAAAUGAAAAUUUAGAAUUCAAAUAAAACAACUCCUUUAGCAGAUUAAGCAAAUUAAAUUACAGAUGUGAAUAUGCUUUUCUCCCAAAUGAAUAUGCUAUAAAAUGGUAUAGAAAAUGGUUAAGAUUAAGAUAGCUAAGUUAUGGUUAGAACAAAAUAAGGAGUCUACCUUAUUGACUACAAUAUGAAAGGUCCUUUAGAAGAUUCAUACAAAAUAUCAAAAUGGAAUAGCUAUUCAUUCUUUAUUCAAGACGGUCACUACAUUAUUUGUGCUGACCCAUAAAACAUUGGAGUUUUUAGUACAACCAAGAAGAAAUUAUUAGAUCAUAAAACCUAUAAUGAUAUUUAGGAUUUACUACUUUCACCUCUCUAAAAGUAUUUAGUAUGCAUAGAAAAACCAGAUAAUAAUAGUGAUGACAUUAAAUUAUAAAUAUUAGAUGCAUUAAGUCUCUAAAAGCACAAAGAGUUUGAUUAUAACUUUUUCUCAAAAAGUAGAAUGAAUCUUUACAUGUUUGAUAAAAAUGAAGAUUAAAUUUUUAUCAGAGAAAAGAAAGAAAUUAAAAUUUACAACACAAUUAAUUUUGAGCUUUCAACUAUUGUCAAUGCAGAAAACUUCAUUUAUCAAUAUUUGUCACCUUCUUAGGAUAAACAAUAAUUACUUUUACUCACUCCUGAAUUUAGUAAGGGAUACGAAAUGAUACCUGCUCAAUUAAAAUUGUUUGAAAUAAAUGAUUUAACAAACCCCAUUUUAGAUCAAUCUAUUUCUAAAAGCUAAGAAGUAGUUCCAGUUUGGUCGCCAAACGGUAAGCAUUUACUCUUGUGGUGCUCAACCAUUAAAGAUGAAACUGGAAACACUUAUUAUGGAUAGCAUACGCUCUACAGAUAUAAACCUGAAUCUCAAUCCAUAGAACCUCUUAACUUUUACAAAGGUGUAAUUCAUGACAUUUAAUGGUAACCUAGCAGUGAACAUUUCGUUGUUAUCGGUGGAGGUAUGCCCUCUCAUUCAGUGCUAUUUACUAAGGAAGGUGUUCCUAUAUUUGAAUUUGGAAGACACCAUAUUAAUAAAGUAAAAUGGAAUCCUUAUUCUAAACUACUUUUCUUAGGUGGAUUUGGUAAUCUGGGAGGAGAUAUAGAAGUUUGGAAUGUUAAAGAUUUGAAAAAAAUAGGAUAAUUUAAGGCACAUUGCACUGUAAGCUCUGCAUGGAGUUACGAUGGCACGAAAAUUCUUUGUGGUGUGCUAUAUCCUAAGCUAAGAGUUUAAAAUAAUUUUAAAGUUUUUAACGUUUAUGGCGAGUAAUGUAAAUUUUCUGACUUUUCAAACACUGAUUUGUACGAAGUUUGCUGGCAUCCUUAUCCUUUCCCUGAAGAGAGAGAUUUAGGAGAAAAAAAAUCAUCACAAAGUAAUUAAUUAGAAUCUGAAAACUCUGGCACUGAAAAUAAGAAUGGAGAGUAGGAAAAACCUAAAAAAGGAAUUUUGACUAAAAGAGGUAAUUUAAGUUCUAUGCUAAAUGAAGCUAAAAUCUCUAAUCACGGUGGAAAAAAAUUAUAGCCAAAUGAAACAUUUGAGAGAGAAGAAGAUAAAGAGAUGGAAUAAGUUAAACUGUCAACGACUUAAAAGAAAUUAGAUCAAGGAAUUAUGUUUUCAAGAAAUAAAAACAAACUAGAAUAGUAAAAGUAGCUUACUGAAGAAGAGGAGAAGGCAAUUGAAAAAGAAAAGAAAGCACAAAACAAAUAGAGGAAACCCCUAUAAUUUAAAUAAAAAGAAUCAAAUUUUAACAAUUUUGAAGCUAACUAAUAAAACUAAUAGAUUUAACAAAAUUAAGAGGACCAAAAUAGUGGAAAAGGAUCUUCAGGAGGCAGAACCUCUCCAGAAAUAGAUGAUUUCUUCAAUGAAACAGAUGAAGUCAAUGAUUAAGAUAAACUAAAAUUGCAAGCAAUCAUUUAAAAGAACGAAUUUUGA